UUCUUACUCGCUUAGCAAGAAAGGGACUCGGAGGGAGCAGAUAAUGGAUCAUAAUGAGGAGUCGAGACCACUGCUGGCAGCAGAAGGAGGAGAACGAAGAGCAGAGGAUAGGUCAGGGCGAGAUUCUUAUUUGGACAAGGUAAAGAAUGGGAAGUUAUACCUGGCUACAUUUGCAGCAGUUCUAGGACCCUUAAGCUUUGGCUUUGUCCUGGGCUACAGUUCUCCAGCCAUACCAGAUCUCUGUCGGAUCAGCGACUCAAGACUGCAGCUGAACAUAGAGGAAGCCUCUUGGUUUGGGUCAGUGGUGACAAUCGGAGCAGCUCUCGGAGGUUUAUUGGGAGGCUGGGUGGUGGAUAAGAUUGGCCGCAAACUGAGCCUCAUGUUGUGCUCUCUGCCCCUCAUCUUUGGAUUCACCAUUAUCAUCGCUGCACAGAAUCACUGGAUGCUCUACGUGGGACGGGUGCUGACUGGUCUUGCUAGUGGACUCAUUUCUCUUGUCGUACCUCUCUACAUCUCAGAGACAGCCCAUGAACGGGUCAGAGGAACUUUGGGCUCCUGUGUCCAGCUAAUGGUAGUUACAGGAAUUAUGGGUGCAUACAUAGGCGGGCUGUUCCUGGACUGGCGUUGGCUGGCCAUCGUCUGUUCCAUUCCACCCACGCUGAUGCUGCUCUUCAUGUGCUUCAUGCCGGAGACGCCUCGGUUCUUGCUCUGUCAGGGCAAGCGGCGUGAGGCGGAGGACGCCCUUCGUUUUCUGCGAGGCCCGGAUUUCCCGGCAGAGUGGGAGUGUGCCAGGAUAGAGGAGGAAGGCAGCGUCUCUCUGGCGGAUCUGAAGGACCCUGGUGUUUAUAAGCCUCUGGUGGUUGGAAUUAUGAUGAUGUUCUUUCAGCAGUUCACUGGAAUCAAUGCCAUAAUGUUCUAUGCAGAAACCAUAUUUGAUCAGGCCCAUUUCGGGAGGAGUGAUGUUGCCACGGUGAUUGUGGCUGCGACUCAGGUGUUCUUCACAUUCAUUGCAACGUUAGUUAUGGACCGAGCUGGAAGAAAGCUCCUGCUCAUUUUGUCAGGUGUUACCAUGACAAUAAGUGAAGCUGCGUUUGGGGUGUACUUCAAGUUGUCCUCUGUGAAACAUGGUAACUCCUCUGACCACAAUGAGACGUUUGGAUCUCAGGAACCCUUCGGUGAAGAGCCGCAGCCUGGUCUGGAAUGGCUUGCUCUAGCCUGCAUGGCUCUUUUCAUCGCAGGCUUUGCAAUGGGCUGGGGUCCCACCCCAUGGUUGGUGAUGUCAGAGAUUUUCUCCACCAAAGUGAGAGGACUUGGCAGUGCACUCUGUGUCCUCAUCAACUGGAGCUGUGCCUUUAUUGUUACCAAGACCUUCCAAAGCCUCAUGGACCUCAUCACACGUGCUGGAACAUUCUGGUUGUUUUCAUGCCUGUGUGCUCUUAAUGUUGUCUUCACCAUUUUCUUUGUCCCGGAGACAAAAGGCAAAACACUGGAGGAGAUUCAGGCACAUUUUAAAGGACUUCCAGCAGGCUAAUCACCAUCUCUCCCUCGCUGCCAGCACUCAAAAUAAAAUGUAAAUGGGCUAACAGAAUUAACCAUAGAUUCAGGCAUCUAGUGUCUGAAAUUGGUCAAGUGAUAUUUAUCCGGACAUUUUUUUGAAGAGGCAUUUCUUCACAGAUCUCCUAGAACAAUAUGAUUUUGCAUUCAUAAAUUUGCUGAGCUGUAAAAUGGAAAUCACAGAUGAGGGAUUUUUUGUUGUGGUUGUUGUUGGGGUUUUUUUUUAACAAGAGAGAUGUUUUCAC